UCUGAUCCUUUGUCAUGCGAAGACUUUACUCUGCUGUUUCAUAUAGAGAGAGUGAGAAAGAGAGAGAGACAGGGAGAAAGAGGACUUCAUUUUCUGGGAGAAGAGACACCAAUAAACUCUGGAGCAACUAUGUGAAUGGAACAGAAUUCAAAGUGGAACAAAGCACAUAGCGCCUGGCUGAAUCCUGCAUCCUCAGACUGAAUCAGAGAAAGGAGGUCAGUGUGAUGAACAGCAUGCUUCCUCAAAGGAGUGCUGUCACCACUCUGGGCUACAGCUCAGACUGUGCGAAGAUCGACCACAGCAGCAGUGGCUCCGUGGGUGGGACGUUGCUGAGGGGCUCCCGCUCUAAGGCAGAGCUACAGGAACUGAUGGAGACGCUGCAGCGCAGGAAGAGCGCUCUGGAGGCCAGUCUGAGGGCAGCUGAGUGCAGCCGCAAGUAUCUCAGCGUGCCUUCACCUGUUGGCUCCCAGUCCACCAGACCACUGUCUGUCCUCAGCAAUACCGACCGGCCUCCGUCUGCCUCCAGAACAUUCUCUUACAUGAGCAGCAGCAGUGUUCCUCCAUCACCUCGCCAAGGUGAACGCCAGCUGAACCAUAAUGGCUUGCUUCGCCAUUCCAACUCUCGCCAUCAGUCACAAGACAAUCUGAUCCUGUCUAGCGCAGCAGAUGGAAGCUCUCUCCUCUCCUCUUAUGGUCAGCCUCUACCUCGUUCUCACAGGGUCAAAAGUGGAGCAGCCAGUGUGCCGUCCAGCCCUCGCAUGGGCCGCAGGCUCUACUCUCAGGGCAAAGCUGGAGGAGACUCCCGGCAGAGGAAAUACUCCACUGGCUCCCUCAGCAGCCUGGGGAUGCACAGCCGCUCUCUGCCUCGGCUCCACAAUGCAGACCCCCCCACUCUGUCGCUACCGUCACGCCACUCAGUGGGCUCCCACAGAGGAGUGGGCUCAGCAGGGCCGCGGCGGAGUCUCUCCUCUCUGGAGCAGCCACCAGAUGUGACAGUACCAGCCAGCAUGCCCAGCACUCCCAGGAGGGCCAGCCUGGCCUCUUUGAGCUCUCUGGGUGUAGAGAUGGACGGGACGGGCUUAGAUCUGGGCUUCGGGGAGAGAAGGUUGUCCUUUGGGAAGGGUGGCCUGGGUCCGGGACAGAGGGUGGGCAGCAUCAGCUCUUUGAAUGGCAAAGAGGAGCUGAGAGACUACCACCAACACCAGAGAGAUGAAAGACUCAGGGAGCAGAAAGUGCAGCGAUUGGAGUGCCAGCGCCUGGAGACCAUCUUGAACCUGUGCACUGAGUUGGGCCAUGUGGAGAGAGAGCCGGCAGGGUCAGCGGUUUCUGACCUGCAGAAGAUCAAUAAGGAGCUGGAGAAGCUGCAGGUGUCAGACGAUGAGUCAGUGUUCUCUGACUCCCCCAGCAGCGCUGCUCCGGAGAGCUGCUUUGGGUCCAAAGCCAGAGACUUCCCACUCACUGAGGAGCAGCAGGUCAGUCAGCGUCAGCAGAGUGGCUACAGAGAAGCCAGGUCCCACUCACCUGCCAUCAGCCUGAACAGCAGUGCCCCCUCACCCUCCACCCACCACAGAGCCAAAGCUUUGGAGAGCGUGCAGCUGAAACAGGAAGUAACACAUAUUGAGGAAGAGAGGAUUCAAGUCCUGAACAACAUAGAAGAGCUGGAGCAGAAGAUCAAAGACCUGGACAACCAGAUGGAGGAGUCUGUCCGAGAGAUGGAGGUGGAGUGUGCUCUGCUGGAGGGGGAACAGGAGUCAGAGAUGGCCCAGAUGCAGAGGGAAAAGGAGCUCCUGGACCAACUUAAGGAGAAGAUUCAUAGUAGUGAGGAGAAGAAGAGCCAUACUGAGAAGUCACAGGAAGCUGAGGAGCAGACAAAAAGUCUGGAGGAUUUGGAGUUUCAAAAGCUGGAGAGAGAAAUUAAUCAGGAUGAGGAAAAAGAGAAUCAGAGCCAAGAGCUGCUGCGAGAGAUCACCGAGUGUCAGCGUCUUACUGUCACACGCAAGGAAAGACUCAUGACACUGAAGAAACAGUCCUCACAGAUCACUUUACAGGCUCAGCAAGAAAGAGAGAAUUUCCAGAGAGAGAAAAACACUUUGCUCAUCAUGCUUCAGAAGGAGAGAGAGAAGCUGGCGACUUUGGAAGGAAAAUAUGCAGAGUUGUCCGAGGGGCAGACCUUCACUAACAACCCUGUAGCCAUCACAGCGCACUUGCACCCUCUGAAGGAAAGAAGAAGAAGCAGCAAAGAAAACUCCUCCCAUUCGAGUGACAACCUACCUCACAAGAGGAGCCAGCAGCUCCUCAACUCGUAUGGUCGAUCCCUGGGACGCACGCUCCCUCCAAAGGCUCACCUGCCUCUGUCCCAAAGCUCCAGCUGUGGUAGCGUCAUACCACAAGGCUUUAGCUUCCCCUCCAUGGACCUGAACACCCGUCGCCUUCCCAAGACAAGCAACAGCCAUGCAAACAUGAACGAAGACAGACAAAGAAGAAGUGAUUUUUGCAGCAGGAUGGUCUCUGAGCCCAACGUGUUCCUGGACUCCUUUUCAUACCCGGACAACAGCCAGACCUCAGAUACCAUCAGUGUGAACAGCUCUGACAGCCUGGAGACCAGCUUCUCCGCCUGCUCCCCGGACAACAUCUCCAGUGCGAGCAUGUCCAAUAUGGUGAAGAUCGAGGAGAUGGAGCGUUUACUUCGAGAGGCCCAGGCUGAGAAGCAGAGGCUCCUCGAGCAUAGGGAGCGUGAGAUGGAGAUGCGCAGGCAGGCUCUGGAGGAGGAGCGGCGAAGAAGGGAGGAACUGGAGAAACGACUGCAGGAGGAGACGAGCAGGAGACAGAGACUUGUAGAGCGAGAGGUGAAGCUCAGGGAGAAACAAAGAUCACAGUCGCGGCUGUUGACUCGCUACCUCCCUGUAAGGAAGGAUGACUUUGAUCUUCACGGCCACAUUGAGGCAGCUGGACACAACCCAGAUGCCUGCUUCCACCUGGCCAUCACUGAUAAAACCUGUCGAGGCUUUCUGGUCAAAAUGGGCGGCAAGAUCAAGACCUGGAAGAAACGCUGGUUCGUCUUCGACCAGAAUCGCAGGACGCUCACCUACUAUGCAGACAAACAUGAGACCAAGAUGAAAGGAGUCAUUUAUUUCCAAGCCAUAGAGGAGGUGUACUAUGACCAUUUAAAGAAUGCACACAAAAGCCCCAACCCCUCGCUGACCUUCAGUCUGAAGACCCACGAUCGGGUUUACUACAUGGUGGCUCCGACACCUGAGGCCAUGCGUAUCUGGAUGGAUGUUAUGGUUACAGGCGCUGAAGGACACAUGCAUUUCAUGGUGUAACUGAUGCCAGCAGAUCAGAGUUUCACAUCACUACAUUUCUCUGGUCAACACUGUGUCACACGAGAAGAUUUCCCACGUUCUGCUCGUAUCAACGGAACAGCAAACACGUGUUGUGCAGAGCUGAGAGGGAUCUUCAUCAGGUCAACAAAAAAUUUACAGAAAAGUUUACACUUGUACUAUUUGCUCAAAAGUAAUGUAAUCAUGUAUAAUAGAUCAAAUGAGUUGAUACACAACUCUCAUAUUUAAGCUAUUCAGUUAUAUUUUUAUGUGUUAAUGUACCUUGAGCAACUGAAAUGUCACUAAAUCUUAACAAUUUAACUGUUACAUUUUCCAAUUUUCUCAUUCUAUGUAAAAACAUUUCUGCUUGUCUCGUACUCGCUCUGUUUGUUUGGCUUAUGAUUAGUGAAAGCAUCAGGGAUCUGAUCUGGGAAGCUCCUACAUGAUCAGAAACCCAACAUGUGCUACACCUUUAAACCGUGCUGCAUACUGAUGCUGCUUCUCUAUAGCAGAUGCAUAUCUCUCUACAGAUUUCUAUAAAGCUUUUGUUCUCUCCUCUCUACCUCUGGUUGGUCCCCACCUUCUGUAUCUUAGUCAGACUUUAUUUGCUUUGAACAUCAGGUUGAAUCAGUGGGUCCCAGACAAAAAUCAACCCAUCUGUAUCUGUGUGUAUCUGCAUCUGUGGAAUGAAUGAGAAUGCACACUAAUAAUUUCUGUAUUGUUGCUUAUUUUCAAAUGGGUAUUAUAUAAGUGUUUUGAUUGCUGCUGCCAGACUACCAGCAUAAGCUGAUCUCGUCUGCUUGUUUAAAGCUGACCUGAAUGUCUACCAUCAGUAUUCCUUCAAACCAGAAUCAUCUCUGUUUGCAUCACUUUCAUCCGAGUGAGUCUUAUUUUGGGCUUUUCUUCUAUACACAUAUGCAAAAAGAUUCAAAAGAUUGAGAUGAGAUGAUUGUAGGCACUUUUUUUUUAUAUGUGAGUGUUAUUUUUGGCUACUAUUUUACUCAUAAAAGUAGAACAUUUGCCCCUGUAACAAUGGUAUUUUGUAUCAUGCCUACCACAGUGGAGGCUACAGUCCAGAUAUGUCGAGGCCAUGUUGUGCAGCAGUGAUACUAUAUGUACUGCGUCACCCUUGUGUUCUUUAGCAUUGCAUUAUGCUUUUUCACCAGCAGAGGUCCUCAGUGCACAGUUAUUUUAUUUAAAUGACGUAAUGCUCUGGCAGGUUGACCCAUGCUCGCUUCAGUAACUGAGCAGUUAGUAAAAGAAUGAAGCAUCGGUGAUCCGUAUAUUCUGUUGGUUAUGUAUCAAAUUUAUGUAUUUACAAGCACAUGUAAGAUUGAAAUUUUUGCUUUUUAGAAGCAAACCAUGAAUCAUUAUUAUGAUGUGGAAGACAAAAUAAUUUUUAUAAUUUUGUUUUUAAUGUGUUAUAACAUCCAUAUAUUUGAUGUGUAUCUUCUUUGACUAAUUGCACCAGUCUGAUUGUAUUUGAAAGAUAAAUGUGUUCUGUUGUUGCUUUACAGAAUACAGGUGAGUUGUUGCCUUUGCCGGAUGCUUCUCAGUGAAUGCCUGUAGGUAUCCGUCAUGGUAACACCUCAUCCUCAAUCUUUCGUCUGUGAGACACAAGCCUUGAAACCAAGCAAAUGGCUGCAUUUCUAUAUUUUUGAAUAAAUUUAGUGAUUUAUCUUUUGUGUAUGAACAAUGGCAAUUUUAAUCAAGCUAUGCUACAGGAUUUUAUAGCUGACAUUUUUUAAAUACAAAUAAGAAUAAAUAAUUCUGAUUUUGAAUAAUGUUUGUGAAAUGUUUUCUUAUUUUGUCUGCUGAACAUCAGGAUAGUGUUUCACAGUCUGUUAAAACCUGACCGUGCUGUGCCGAGUUUUUGUUUUGUGUGUAGGAGCACUGAAAAGAAGCUUUAUGAAUUACACAUAGAAUGAUGAUGUGUUUCCCAUGGAUAUUGAGUUCCAUAGCAUUAUGUUUACACUGUUAUGUAAUGCAUCACCAAGGGAAUCAACAGCUUCAUUAUUUUGGGCUGCAAAAUGACCCUGUAGUGCAGUGAAACUAAACAUUUUCAUCAAAUAUCUUAAGGUUUUAUGUAUCUUAUGAUAGCCUUAUGAUAGAGUCAGCAGCACCAUUACAUUUUGGCCUAUUUCAUCAGUUACCAUUAUAUCUGAAAAGUACAUAAAAUGUAUCAAAAACUUUCUGGGAACGUAAUUCUGUCUUAGGUACAAUGUAGUGCGGCCCUUUUCAGAAGAAAAUCCUCACUUUACUUUCCACAUUUUAGAGCUUUUUGACAGCACAUUCAAUAAAUACAUCAAUACUUUUAGCCAUCAUAUCUGCAAGUGUGUCUGAUCUGCUUUUUUAAAGAGUGCACUCACUGACAGAAAAGCCAGCACUGUCAAUUUCUUUUUUC